ACGGCCCUUCCGCUCACGAACACACACACACACUCUUGAAGCACUGCUGCCUACGAGAUUUAUUAAAACCCGGCCUCCCCAUAUCUCCCCAUCAUAUCAACACAACAUUACCGGCCUCCUCAACAUCAUCACCUGACCAUCACCUCCAUCACCACCAUCACCACCUACAACAACCACUCCAAUGGCUUCCCAAAUGGAGUGCUUCAACGACUUUUGUCUAUCCUGCGACCGUCAGAUUGCUGAGAACGGCGUCUACUGCUCGCAAUCGUGCCGGUUAGCCGACCUGGAAAAGGCUGGCAGCGCGGCACAAGCACCCUCGCAACUCUCAUCAUCUGCUUCGUCGUCAACGUCGUCCAACGGCGGCUUCUACCUCGCGCCAGCAAUCAACUUCUCGGCCUACAAGGGAGCCUCCAGCUCACAGGUCGCACCAUCUAGCCCGUACCACUACUACCCAACCACAAACGGCAGCUACUUCGCACCACCCACGGCACAAAGGCAAUCACCACAACGCAGCCUGACGCCCUCGUCAUCGCGCUCAUCACUAGCCUCAUCGUCGUCCCAGACCCAGUCGGGCAUCUCACAACAAGCCGCCACCCAGCUCAACAGCUACAUGCGAUCAUUCGACCAAACACGGGACGUCAAGAGGCGGUACACACAGUACUAGGCUUGCCUCCCAACAAGAGUGCUAAUUUCGGAGUUUGGUUUCACGACAUCUACGAUGAGCGAAGGUGCCUACUACUGCGUACUGGCUUGUUCGCCUCAAAUCUCAUGCUCGCUCAUGUUUCGUUUUUGCAUUGGUCUCGGGGGGCCUCGGACGGCUCAGACGGGCAUCGGUUCACGGAGUUUACCUGCAUAUCGGCCACCGCUGCUCUGCCUUUUCCUUGAGGUUCUGUACUAUUUCCUAUGUUGCCAUACGUGGACGCGGUGUACGAUCAAAAGUAUUUAUAUAUAUAUAUAUCCCCUUGCAGCUUCCAGGCGUGGAACAAAGGGACACACGAGGGUGUGUGAUUAGGUGCAUUUGCAGCCCCGGCGAUGGGUUUGACUAGUUUGUGCCUGGCGUUACCCAGCACUUGGCUUUGCUUCAAAGGCGACAUUGGAUUUCCUCUCACUUGAUUCCGCUCUAGCCAUAGCUUAGUAGUAGCUGCCGCGAAUGGAACAAAGGCCGUGGGCAUAAGACUCACGGCCAUGACACACGACACAAAUUGUCUUUGCAACUUCAUCUUUGUCAAUAUUAGCACCA